AUGGAGCAGGUGAAACAGAGCGCGUCGUGGACCGUCCGCCGUCCCAAGCGGACUGUCCGCAAGGCAAGGUGUUACAACGUGCAGACUACUUGCAUUGCAAUGGCGAACCGUGGCUCCGCUGCUCUCACGAUCGUGUGCCUCCUUAUCAUUGCGGUCACCCUGGUGGACGCACUCCCACCGGCAUCGCCGAUGCACUGCAAGACGGUGUACGGGGUGCAGAAGCGCGAGACCUGCUUCGCCGUGGCGCAGGCUGCGGGGCUGCCCCUAAAGAAGUUCCUCCAGUUCAACCCCAACAUCAACUGCAAUAACCUCUUCAUCGGACAGUGGACUACUUGCAUUGCAAUGGCGAACCGUGGCUCCGCUGCUCUCACGAUCGUGUGCCUCCUUAUCAUUGCGGUCACCCUGGUGGACGCACUCCCACCGGCAUCGCCGCUGCACUGCAAGACGGUGUACGGGGUGCAGAAGCGCGAGACGUGCUUCGCCGUGGCGCAGGCUGCGGGGCUGCCCCUGAAGAAGUUCCUCCAGUUCAACCCCAACAUCAACUGCAAUAACCUCUUCAUCGGACAGUGGGUCUGCCUUGCUCUCGGUCACGCUUGA